UGGCAAUGGAAAAAUAGGGGAGGGACAGACACAGAUGUUGUGGGCUGGGCCCCAGGCAGCUGUAGCACUUCCUGGCGACUGCCCUGGAGUUGGUUAGGUUUCAUUUUCCUGCGAACAACAAAAGGACUUAAGAAGGGCUCCAGUAAACAGCUGCCUGGCUAAACUGGGACAGCCGGAGCCCACCAUAAUGGCUGUGACGCAGGCCCUGGGGAGUUCCAGCGCCGGGCAGACCUGCGUGCUCAUCCUCAUCUUCACUGUGCUCCUGCAGGCCCUCUGUGUGGCCGUGACUUACGUGUACUUCACAAACGAGCUGAAGCAGAUGCAGGACAAGUACUACAAAAGUGGCAUUGCUUGUUUCCUAAGGGAAGAUGACGGUUCUGGGGACCCCAACGAUGAAGAGAAUAUAAACAGCCCCUGCUGGCAAGCCAGGUUUCAACUACGCCAGCUUGUUAGAAAGAUGAUUUUGAAAACCUAUGAGGAAACCAUUCCUACAACUCAAGAAAGGCAACAAUUUUUUCCUUCCGUAGUAAGAGACAGCAGUUCUCCGAGGGUAGCAGCUCACAUAACCGGGACCAGACGAAGAAGCAACUCGUUCCCUCUUCCACGUCCCAAGAAUGAAAAGGCUCUGGGCCAGAAAAUAAACUCCUGGGAGUCAUCGAGGAAAGGACUUUCAUUCCUGAACAAUUUGCACUUGAGGAAUGGAGAGCUGAUUAUCCACCAAACAGGGUUUUAUUACAUCUAUUCCCAGACAUACUUUCGAUUUCAGGAAACUGAGGAAAUUGUGGGAACAAUUUCAGAAGAGAACAGAAAGAAAAACAAACAAAUGGUACAAUAUAUUUACAAAUACACCAGUUAUCCUGACCCUAUACUGCUGAUGAAAAGUGCUAGAAAUAGUUGUUGGUCUAAAGAUUCAGAGUAUGGACUCUAUUCCAUCUAUCAAGGGGGAAUAUUUGAGCUUAAGGAAAAUGACCGAAUUUUUGUUUCCGUGACUAACGAGAAGUUGAUAGACAUGGACCAAGAAGCCAGUUUUUUCGGGGCCUUUUUAGUUGGCUAAGUGAUCUGCAAAGAAAAAGCAAUAACUUCAAAGUGACCCUUUUUCAGGAUGCUGUGAAGAUGUUCCAACAAAUCUGACCCAAAAAAGGCAACCUGAAUGGAGCAGCAGAAAUCAGGGAAUUUGGUCUCGUGUGAACAGGAGAAGAAACGGGAAAGUAGAAAUGACAAACACAGGCAAAUCAGCAGCAAAGAGCCAGAUAACUCCCCACCCCCACCCCUGUGCUGUCAAAUGUCAACAUCUGGUAUACUGAGUAUCUGUGUAACUGCCUAAGAUUGCAUCAUUUAUUGUGAUCCUGCCUGAAGAACAUUAAUUACUUUUAUCUUCCAAAAUCAUGACACAAAAUAUUUCAUUUCACCAUUUAAAUUAACCAGUUAGGAAAAAAAUUAAUUGGAGCAUUUGUCUAAUCUGCUCAAAUUGCUAUUGCUAAACACAGCAUAAUUUAUAGUCUUUGGUUGAAUGCUCAGACUUUCAUUUAAGUAUGUUCUGAUGAAAUAGCUCUUUUUCUUUUUUUUUUUAAAGUUAUGGGUUUUCUCGUUUUAUGUUUUUGAGAAGAGUCUCGCUCUGUUGCCCUGGCUAGAGUGCCAUGGCAUCAGCCUAGCUCACAGAAACCUCAAACUCUUGGGCUCA